CGAAGUUGUUUCAAUAUUCAAUGUUUUUUCUCGCAUCUGUACCACGGAAAUUUUGCAAAUCGAGUUGAACCGGGUCGACAAUACCAUAAUUUACACGUAUCUCUGUCAAUCAAGAAAUGACGACGGAGGAAAGGAGGUAAAAUGAAUACGGCUUCUUCUGAAUCAAAGCUAGACCAAAUGGCAGAAAUAGCAGAGGAGCCCGGCAGCUCAACAGAAACUAUGAAACCCUCCUCUUCUCGUACUAAGAGAAAACCCGCUUCCGUAGCUAAGCACACUGGAUUGAAGGAAUCAGACACGUCAGACGACAGUGAAAACGACGGCGCCAGCUCUGAUAAUCCCUCAGACAGUAAUGUGGACAGCUCGUCUAAAGGCACUUUAGUGAUGAGGCCAGCUGGGAAUGAAAAUAAAGGUGCCAUGAAGCUCCGAGUGGAUUUCAAACAGAAACAUACAGAUGAUGCCCUGCAGAAGAAGGUGAACUGCACAGCCUGUGGACAGCAAGUCAACCAGUUUCAGCGCAACUCUGUCUAUGAGCAUCCUGUGCUCAAAGUGCUCAUCUGCAAGUCAUGUUACAGAUAUUACACAAGUGACGACAUAAGCAGAGAUUCUGAUGGAAUGGAUGAGCAGUGCAGGUGGUGUGCUGAAGGAGGAAAGCUCAUUUGCUGUGACUACUGCAACAAUGCCUUCUGCAAGAAGUGCAUCCUGCGCAACUUGGGCAGGAAGGAGUUGUCAACCAUCACUGAUGAGAACUCAAAGUGGCACUGCUAUGUGUGCAGCUCAGAGCCCCUCUUUGAUCUGGUCUCCAAAUGCAACCGCAUCAUGGAGAAAUUGGAACAGGUGCGGCGCAAGGAACGAAAAUCAGAUAAAAACUCAGAGCGUGACAACAAGCGACACAAGGACAAGGAGGUCAAAGGGCACAAAACUGUUGUCAAUGGGAAGGAACACUCAGAAGGCUCAGGGACCAUGACGUUUUCCUACAAAAAGCUGCAGAUACCCAGAGAACUUGUAAAGAAAGCAAAAAAGUUAGUUGAAACUACUGCUGGAUUGAAUAAUACUUUUAUUCAGUUCAUCCAGCAGGCAGCAGAGGAGCAGGGCGAUAAUUCUAUCAGGUAUCGGCAUUUGAAAGCCUUCAAAUCUGUACUUGCUGAUUUGAGAAAGGCCCACAAUGCUUUGGAGGAAGCGUUGGAGCCUGAGUUCAGAAAGAUGGAGUUGCGGAAUGGCAAUGAAGGGCUACACAGUCCAAGGAAAAGCACUGAAGCAAUUGCCCCUGCAGCUGGGGACCAUGUGGACAAUAUGGCCGAUGCAACUGAGGAGGCUGAUGUGACUGAGGAGGUUGAUGCAGCUGAGGGGGCUCCUGCAGCUGAAGAGCAGGAUCUGGACAAUGAUCAAGCAUCAGCUGAGACUGAAAUGAUUGACAGCCAGACUGUUAGUGAACCUACCAAAGUAACAAUUAAAACUGAGAACUGUGAUGGUGGACCACUGUCUACUGGUGAAAUGUCCUUAGAUCACGACAUUGUGUCUGUUCCUCCCUCAGUUCCGGAGGAGCUCUUUCAGAUGGUGGAGAGUCUCGCAGAUUCUUCCAUGCUCACACAAAACGACAAUGAAAUUGUCACAGACACUGAUGCAAAGUCAAAUGGAAAGUCGCCAGACUCUCAGCACUCAGGCAUCCAACCUAAGGUGAAAAAUCUCAUUGUGAAACUUACUCCUGUACCCGUUGUGACGACGCGUGGAUCAAGGUCCUCCAUGUCCAAAAACAAGGGAAAAGAUGCAAAGGUGAAGGAGGAAUGUGAAGAAGAAUAUGACAAGGAAGUGGGAGAUGUCUCUGACACAGAGGAUGGAACCGCAGGUGACAGUCUGCUUCCCAGCCGUCGCUCCAGCAGAGUAAAGACCACUCCCCUGAGGAAGCAGGCCGAAAAGAAGGGCCAGCUUAACUCCUCUGAGUCUGACUCAGAAGAAGGCAACGCCAAGGCCUCCAAGAAGUCGAGUAGCAACACCACAGACGCCACAAAGCAGACCAAGGACUCAAAACAGCAGGCCAAGGAGAUAAAAACAUUGGACUCCGACUCAGACGAAGUUCCUGACAUACUGCUGCAGACAGCUGCAGCAGGGCACAGCUCGGAUGAGGAUCAGAAAAGCACUAGUGUUAAAAAGUGUUUGUUCAAGGUGAACAAGACAUCCUCACAAGAUAAAGACAAGGCAUCCAAACGCAAGAGGAAGUCUGACUCCUCUGGCUCAGAUGUAGAGAAUAAAGGCAAGAAGGUCUCCAAGAAGAAGAAACAGAAUGGCUCAGACUCCUCCAACUUUGACUCUGACCUAGAGAAAGAGAUGAAGAGUCUGAGCAAACUGGGAUCAGGGAAGAGGAGGUCUAGCCGAUUAAAGAAGCAGGACGAAGCAAAUGAGGAAGACUCUAAAGAGAAUAAGACAGUGGAGCGGAAGAGGUCCUAUGAAAAGAAGCGGAAGGGAAAGAAAACCAAAGCAGCAUCUAAGCAGCCAUUGUCGUCCUCCAGUGAGGAUGAGGAAGAGGGGGAAGGGGAAGUUGACUCUGGAGAAGACAGUGACCAGCAAAAGAUUAAAGCCAUUGUCGAGGAAAACGUGGUGGCAGGAAGUGGAAUUUUCCGUCAGUCCUCAGGAGAUGAAGCUGAUGGUAAAGACGGAGACGCUCAGGCUUGUGACGACGACGACGAUGAUGAUCCUGAAAACAGAAUUGCAAAGAAAAUGCUCCUUGCCCAAAUAAAGUCCAGCUACUCAUCUGGAGCAGAGAGCUCCUCUGAUAAUGAAGGAGCAGAUAAGGAAGGCAAGGAGUCAUCCAGGAAAGUCAAGAAAGAUGAGGACAGAGAGCAGGAAGAUAACGAGGAGGAUUCAGAAGACUCAGGUUCUGACAUAGAUGUGAAGAAGCGUGGCCGACGCCAUCGCUUGCUGCGGCAUAAACUCUCCUUGAGUGAGGGCGAAUCAGGAGACGAAAAGUCUGCCAGCAAAGAGAAGAAGGAGACCAAGAAAACGACAAGGCGGAAAGUGGGCAGUGAUGACUCUGCAGACUCAGACUUUGAGAAGUCAGAUUCUAGUGAAGAGUCAGAGAUGAGCGAGGAGGUUAGUGGAUCAGAGAAGGACGAGAAGCGUCGAAAGACCAGAGCUGCCAAGAAAAAGGAUGAAGAGAAACAGAGGAGUUACCAGCAGAAGAAGAAGAGGCGCAGGAUCAAGGUUCAGGAUUCCUCCUCUAGUGAUGAGAAGAGUGGAGAGGAGGACGGCGAAGAGAAGGAAGGAGACGCGAAGGACACCCCCAAAGGUCGCAAAAAGAUCCGCAAAAUCCUGAAGGAUGACAAGCUUCGGACAGAAACGAGGGAUGCUCUUAAAGAAGAGGAGGAGAGGCGGAAACGUAUUGCAGAGAGAGAGGAACUGAGGAAGAAACUGCGAGAGGUAAUUGAGGUCGAGGAAUCCUCCCAGGUGACCUGUCCCAUCACUACCAAGCUGGUGUUGGAUGAGGACGAGGAGACCAAGGAGCCCAUGGUGCAGGUGCACAGGAACCUGGUCACCAAGCUCAAACCUCAUCAGGUCGAUGGGGUGCAGUUCAUGUGGGACUGCUGCUGCGAGUCGGUGAGGAAGACAGAGAAGUCUGCUGGCUCGGGAUGCAUCUUGGCCCACUGUAUGGGCCUCGGGAAAACCCUCCAGGUGGUGACGUUCCUGCACACUAUGCUGCUGUGUGAGAAGGUCAACUUCACCACAGCACUGGUGGUUUGUCCCCUGAAUACCGUCCUUAAUUGGCUCAACGAGUUUGAGAAGUGGCAAGAAGGCAUGAAGGAUGAAGAAAGUUUGGAGGUGACUGAGUUGGCCACAGUGAAGAGGCCACAGGAGAGAGCGUACGCCCUCCAGCGCUGGCAAGAGGAUGGGGGUGUCAUGAUCAUUGGUUAUGAGAUGUACCGCAACCUCACCCAGGGCAGGAACAUCAAGAGCAAGAAGCUCAAAGAAAUAUUUCAGAAGACGCUGGUAGAUCCAGGUCCAGACUUUGUGAUCUGUGACGAAGGUCACAUCCUGAAAAACGAGUCGUCUGCAGUGUCCAAAGCGAUGAACUCGAUCAGGACGAGGAGGAGGGUUGUCCUAACCGGAACGCCUCUGCAGAACAACCUCAUAGAGUACCACUGCAUGGUCAACUUCAUCAAGGAGAACCUGCUCGGGUCAGUAAAGGAGUUCAGGAACCGCUUCAUCAACCCCAUCCAGAACGGCCAGUGCGCCGACUCCACCAUGCAUGACGUCCGCAUCAUGAAGAAGAGGGCUCACAUUCUCUAUGAGAUGCUGGCCGGGUGUGUUCAGAGGAAAGACUACACUGCCCUCACCAAGUUCCUGCCUCCCAAACAUGAAUACGUGCUGUCAGUGAGAGUGACCCCGAUCCAGUGUAAACUCUACAGAUACUACCUGGAACACUUUACAGGUGUGGGAAACGCCUUGGAGGGGAGCCGGGGCCGCGCAGGGACCAAACUCUUCCAGGAUUUCCAGAUGCUCAGCAGAAUUUGGACACAUCCCUGGUGCCUUCAGCUGGACUACAUCAGUAAAGAAAACAAGGGGUACUUUGAUGAGGACAGCAUGGACGAUUUCAUCGCCUCAGAGACAGAAGAAUCCUCCAUGAGUCUGAGCUCUGAAGAUGAGAAGACGAAAAAGAAAAAGAAGCGAGGGAAAGGGAAAAACAAGGGAUCGGACGAGUCAGAUAGUGAUGAUCUGGAGGUGAUCAAGGAGUGGAACACCAGCUCCCGGGGCGGGAACCCAGAGGGGCGAAACAGGGCAGAACCAGUGGAGGAAACUCGGCCCUCUGGCUCGGGCCCAGGGAGUCCCUCUGCCGACUGGUACAAGGAGUUUGUCACAGAGGCUGACUCCGAGAUCCUGGACCAUUCUGGAAAGAUGCUGCUCCUCUUUGAGAUCUUGCGCAUGGCCGAGGAAGUGGAUGAGAAAGUGCUGGUGUUCAGCCAGUCACUGAUCUCUCUGGAUCUGAUUGAGGACUUCCUGGAGCUGGCUGGCAGGGCUCGAGAGGAGGGCAAGACCUCUCCUUACAAAGGUGACGGCAAGUGGUUCAGGAACAUUGACUACUAUCGCCUCGACGGCUCCACCAAUGCCACCACCAGGAAGAAGUGGGCUGAAGAAUUUAAUGAUUCCAGUAACACAAGAGGUCGCUUGUUCCUCAUCUCGACGCGAGCUGGCUCUCUGGGCAUCAACCUGGUGGCGGCCAACAGGGUCAUCAUCUUUGACGCGUCCUGGAAUCCCUCCUAUGACAUCCAGAGUAUCUUCAGGGUCUAUCGCUUUGGCCAGGUCAAAACAGUUUUUGUCUACAGGUUCCUGGCCCAGGGAACGAUGGAGGAGAAGAUUUACGAGCGGCAGGUGACCAAGCAGUCGCUGUCAUUCCGGGUGGUGGACCAGCAGCAGAUUGAGAGGCACUUCACCAUGAACGAGCUGGCCGAGCUGUACAACUUUGAACCGGACAUGCUGGAUGACCCCUCGGAGAAGAAGAGCAAGAGAGCCACGCCCAUGCUGCCCAAGGAUCCCUUCCUGGCAGAGCUGCUGCAGAGCAACAAGGACCAGAUUGUGUGCUACCACGAGCACGACUCCCUGCUGGACCACAAGGAGGAGGAAGCCCUGAGCGAGGAGGAUCGCAAGGCUGCCUGGGCCGAGUACGAGGCCGAGAAGAAGGGUCUGUCCAUGAGGUCCAGCUACCCGGCAGCAUACUCCCAGAUGGACAUGGGCGCCUCCAGCUACUUCCCCUUCAACGUGGCGGCUUUGGCCUCCAUGAGCAACCAGCAGCUGGAGGACCUCAUAAACCAGGGUCGCCAGAAAGUUAUGGAAGCAACAAAUGCAUUGAAGACUUUACCCCGAGAAUCACUGGAAGAUAUUAUUGCGAGAGUGUGGAAGGAGAACCCAGAACUUUCUGAGAACCACGUCCAGUCCAUUGCUCUGGGGCGGCAGGCCAGCGUGGAGAUGGAGCUCAAACACAGGGAAGCAGUGUACAGGGAUGUUCUCAGCAAGCAGCAGACGCUGAUGAUGUACGUGCAGAAGGUGAUCACCAACAGGAAGGUCCGGGAGCAGCAGCUGGCCAUAGCCAAUCAGGCCUCUUACCUGAACCAGCUGGCCCUGCAGAACGGCAUGCUGGGAGCCUCUGGGCUCAGCCAGAUGGACCUGCUGGGACUUUACCAGCAGCUCCAUGGCAUGGCGCCCCAUCAAGCAAUGGACAAGAACCCUGGGCCCUCCAAGGGCCUGUAGGUCAGGAGGACGAUCCUCACUCCCACCCGGUUAGCGGGUUCACAGCGGCCCAGUCCAAGCAGGGCCCUGCUCUCUGUAGUUAAUGCACUAUUAAAAUGACUGGAGCCAAAAUGGUCGUAACAUACUGGUUCAGCUCCGCGUGGCUGAAAGCGGUGCACCAAACAGAGAGGGCUGUAGUUUUGAGACUAGGCUGCUGUCCACUUGGGCCUCAAGAAGAUCUCAGAGAUGCCCUUUGUCCUUCCUUCUCUUGUUUUUAGUCACUAAGAGGAGGUAAAAGAAAUGUAUAAAUGACGUAAGAAGGGGGUCUAUUAGCAAUUUCAUCUGAAAUUAUGUAUAUACCGCCUUAAUGUUAUUCGAGUUCUAUAUCUUCAUUUUUCAUGUAUUUAAAGAAAACCAAGUUUUACCCCCAAUGCUUUUAAGCAUUGUAUUGUUUUCCCCUUAAAGGAGGGUUUGCUGAUUAUUUAAACUCAGUUGUUUUUUAUACAGUUUUAAAUGCCUAACAAAACCUGAGUGGGACCAGUGUUGUUGGUGACAGGAUUCUAUGAUGUAAAGAUCUAAAUGAUUUUAUCCCCAAUAGAUUCCUCCACCAGUAUUUAGCUAGCGGACAGCUAUUGGUGCUGUGAAGUCCUGCUCUUUUUGGGAGAUAGAAAAAUUGGUAUGUCAGUGUAAAAAAAAAAAAAAAAAAAAUUAAAAAGAAAGAAAACCGACAAAAAAGUAAUGGCCUUAUAUCCAUUUCCUAAAAAUGUUAUGUAAAGUACUGAAAUUUGAGAUUUGUUGAAAAUCUUUUCUAUUAUGCUUUUAGGCGUUUACAUUAGUUGUUGCUGAACAUGGUAAUGGAAUGCUUGUGUCGUUCAAAAACUGCCUGCCGGUUCCUAUGACCUUUUUGUAACAUCAUUCACGUUGUCGAGUGUUGUCUAGCAUAGCACCGUGCGUCCUGUUCAUUGUUUAUGUUCCACUUGUGUUGCACCCAUGUCUGGGUGAUGAACUCGGUCUCACAAAGCACAAUCAAGUUAGCCAGCUAUCAGAGUAUGAGAGGACAGACUGAGCUUAAUCUUUGUAAAGACUAGACAUGUGAUUGGUGAUCUGACUGGCUUGUGGACUUGACUUUGUGAGAUGCGCCCCUGGACACGGCCUCUAGGCCCCCAGCCUCUCUGUAUUCUACUUUGGCACAUCCUUGCUUCUAAAUGCUUAAACUGGUGUAGCUGUAUGACGAGGACUAUAUACAUUUGUCAUUUGGAGACUGUUGACUCCUAUCUUUGCACAAGGUGUAUUUCAUAAAUGUAGAGAAACUUUUUUGCCCUCUUAAGAAUGUUCUUAUGUUAGCAAAUACAUCAAGUUGAUUGGCCAUUAAUCUGAUCUGCUACUAUCUUGAUAAGUAAUAUAACAUUUAAUAAAGUGACCAAAAGGAUGA